AUGGCUGUAAGUACCAGCGCCAUUGCCGGAAUCGUCUCCGGACGCAACCCUUUGGAGUACUCCGCUUCAUCUCCUUACACGAUCUUCCUCUUUCAAGUGGUGAUCAUUGUCUUUUUUGCCCAACUACUCCAUUUCCCGCUCAAGAAGAUCCAACAGCCUCGUGUCAUCGCAGAGGUGUUGUCGGGUAUCAUUCUUGGACCCACCGUAAUGGGCCGCAUUCCGAAUUUUACCAAUACGGUGUUCCCCACAGCAUCUAAACCUGGACUCACCUUAGUAGCUAACGUGGGAAUCAUCUUGUUCUUGUUUAUUGUGGGGCUAGAAGUGGACUUGAACUACAUCAAGAAAAACGCUCGUGCGGCUUUCUCCGUGGGGAUUAUUAAUAUGGCCAUUCCAUUUGGUUUGGGAUGUGGGAUUGCCAGAGGUUUAUACGAUCACUAUAGAUUGACUGAGGUUGAUUUGCCGCCUGUUAAGUUUACCACAUACAUGGUGUUUAUUGCGGUGGCGUUGUGUAUUACUGCCUUCCCAGUUUUAGCUCGAAUUCUUGUGGAACUUAAUUUGAUUGGCGAUAAGGUGGGUAAUGUUGUGUUGUCAGCAGGUAUCAUCAAUGACUUGACCGGAUGGAUCUUGCUUGCACUCGUAGUGACUUUGGCAAACGCAGGUAAUGGUGUGAACACUGUUUAUAUUCUCCUUUUGACGUUGGCUUGGUUUUUACUUUUGAUGUAUCCCGUCCGGAUGGCCAUCACAUUUUACCUCAGAAGAUUCACCAAUGAAUUGACUACAGGAGAACCAUCACAAUUACUGAUGUUGCUUAUUCUUGUUCUCGUGUUCAUCUCAUCCUUCUACACUGAUAUCAUUGGAGUUCACCCGAUCUUUGGUGCAUUCAUGGUUGGGGUUAUCUUACCUCGCGACAAUGGUUUUGUGAUUCGAAUCACAGAAAAGCUUGAGGACUUGGUGUACAUUGUGAUGAUUCCAGUAUAUUUUACCCUUGCUGGUUUGGGUGUGAAUCUUGGACAGCUUAAUACCGGAAUUGACUGGGCUUAUACCAUAGGUAUCAUUUUAUUGGCAAUGGUUGGUAAGAUCGCUGGCGGUUUUAUUGCAGCAAAAGCAAAUGGACUUUUCUGGAGAGAGUCCUUAAGUGUGGGUGUUUUGAUGUCGUGUAAGGGUAUUGUGGAAAUUGUGGUGUUGAAUGUUGGUUUAAAUGCCCACAUUAUUUCGUCUAGAGUAUACUCCAUGUUUGUUGUUAUGACGUUGGUCACCACUUUUUUGACGACUCCUUUAACGCUUUGGGUCUAUCCUGUGAGUUACCGAGAGAAACUUGCCAAAUAUUACGCUAGUGCUGAAAAUGGGGAGCAUGAAUUGCUUACAACCAAUGAAUUGACGGUGGAUAACUUAUCAAACUUCAGCCUCUCGGCUAUUGUCCUCUUGUUGAAAAAGAUUGACACUAUUCCGCAGCUCAUGUAUCUCAUCAGAGAUUUGGAAAUUGAUAGUCAAGACAGAGAAAUUCGUGCGAUCCAUAUUCGUGAGUUCACAUCAAGAACUUCGCACUUGUUGGAAGCUUCGAGCGCUGGAGAGAAGGAAACAAGGAACAACGAACAAGACUUCGCCAAUUCGACAUCUAUUUUGGCCAUCGUCAAUGCUUUUAGCUCCAUGCUCAACAUUAAAUUCUCUGCAAAGUCAAUUUUGGCUCCCCAACGGGCAUUUGCAGCCACAGUGAAUGAUCAGAUCACCAGCUCGUCCAAUUUUCUUUUGACGUCGGUCAGCAGCUUUUUAUUGUCACCAGAGGAGUCUGAAGUCACCAUGGCUGCCUACAAGGACUUAUUUACAGAAGUGGAUGCUUAUGUUGGAGUUUUGGUUACUAGUCAGCCUGCAAGAACUGAAUCCUUCAAAGCUAUCCAUUGCGUGUUAAACCACGAUAAUUUCUUGAGCUCUACGGAUUUGAUCUGCUUGCACUUGGUGAGAAAGUUAGCAGUGACCCACCAUAAUGUGCACAUUCAUAUUCGUUCCGCUGGAAACCAAAACAAGGAGUUUGAGAGUCAGUUUGAGGAGUAUAUCAAGUCGGCCGGUCCCAACGUCGAUCUUGAAAUCAACUACAUCAGAACGUUGGAAGAAUUCAUUGCUGAGUCCACAGCUAAAGAUAUUCAGCUUGAGAACGAUAUGUUAGUGUUGCCUUACGAUGUUGUGGAGUCGCAGGACGAGUUGCAACUUCUAAGAUUGGGCAUGAGACAAUUGUUUGACACCUUAAUUGUGAAGGCGAACGUCUAA